AGUGGGUGUGGUGUAUCGCGCGGGAGGAGAAACGCUGUACGAGCUGACAAGUGAGGAACUGGUCGGACAGAUUUUCGUUUACUCAAAACAACGGAACAGUGGGUCGCAGACCAUUGUCUCGGACGCCCUCACAAACUUCAUCCACUGUCUCCGAAAGCGCUCAGCGGCUCGAGCAGCCGAAGACCAUCUAGAGCAACCUCUCCACCAUCACCGCCACAACCACCACCACCUCCUCCUAAAUCCCUCUCCCCUGCCCUUGUCUGACCCCCCACCCGACCCCACCCCAUUCCGUCCAGCGUGUGACUGCCCCCUGUGGCUCAGGAGUGGGAUGGAUGUGAAGAACAUGCGGGAGUACCUGGGCUGGCUUUACUACCAGUACCUACUGGUCACGGGCAUCUACGUGCUGGAGCCGUGGGAGAAGUCCAUCUUCAACGUGGUGCUCGUCACCAUGGUUGCCAUGGUGAUCUACACCUCCUACGUGUUCGUGCCCAUCCACGUGCGCCUGGCACUGCAGUUCUUCUCAGGCCUUUGUGGAGGGCAACAUGAAAGCACUAUGACCCUAAUGAACUGAGGGGGGGGGGGGGGUCCCAUAAUCUCAUCACACCACCCUGCAACCAAUUAAUAACCACUUGGAACCUUGAUCACCACAGCAACCAUUCAGUCAGUGUUUAAACUCAGGAACAUUCUGGAAGCAUCUCUAAUGGAAUGGCAGAGAUGGGUAAAUAGGGCCUAUCCUCUAUCUCUGUGACUAUCUCACCACACCACCAAUUUUGUACCUGUUCCCUGUAUUGAAAACAAGCAUGAAAACAUGUUUGUUCUUU